AUGCGGGGGGACCGGGCGGCCCGGAGGCCGGCGCUGCUGCUGCUGCUGCUGUCCCAGGUCGCAGCGCUGCAGCCGAGCGAGCUCUUCCCCUUCGGGGAGUCGUGGAAGGACCAGCUCCUGCCAGAAGGCGACGAUGAGAGCUCGGCAGCGGUGAAGCUGGCCAUCCCCAUGCGCUUCUACGAAACCCAGUUCCGUGAGCUCUACGUGGGCACCAAUGGCAUCAUCUCCACCCAGGACUUCCCCAGGGAGACACAGUAUGUGGACGAUGAUUUCCCCACAGACUUCCCGGCCAUCGCCCCUUUCCUGGCUGAUAUCGACACCAGCCGGGGCAGGGGCCGGAUCCUGUAUCGUCAGGACACCUCCUCGGAAGUGCUGAGUCAAGCUGCCUACUACGUGCACACCGGCUUCCCGAGCUCUGCCGCGCGCUUCGCCCCCACCCAUGCCUUCCUAGUGACCUGGGAGCAAGUGGGCGCCUAUGAGGAAGUCACCCGAGGGGUGCCACCUUCUGGAGAGCGGAACACUUUCCAGGUGGUUUUGGCGUAUGAUGAGUCUGAUACCUACGCCCUCUUUCUUUAUCCCACCAAUGGCCUUCAUUUCUUUGGAACGCGCCCCAAGGAGUCUUAUAAUGUCCAGCUCGAACUUCCAGCCCGAGUGGGCUUCUGCCGAGGGGAGCUUGAUGAUCUGAAGAGAGAAGGGCUGUAUUUCAGCUUGACCAGCACUGAACAGUCUAUAAAAAACCUCUACCAGCUGAGCAACAUGGGGAUUCCUGGAGUGUGGGCUUUUCUCAUCGGCAGCACCUCCCCACUGGCCAAUGUCAGGCCAGCCACAAUUGGAGGGGACCUUUCCCGAGCCCAAUCGUUGCCCUCGCUGGAACAUCCGAAAUUCCAUCUUGAAGGGGCUCUGGGAAGUGACUAUACCGAAGACAGCCUGGAUUAUUAUGAUGAGACUGAGGAGGAAGUCGACUACCCACCGAGUGAAGCAGAGAGGGCGGGGACUGGCCGUGGCACGAUUGAUGUUUCCUUCCAGGGGGAAGUCGAUUCAAGGGCUUCAGAAGGUGGUGCCUCUCCACCAGACUCUGGGCUGGCUCCGGCUUUGCCACAUCCAGCACCUAGCAAUUUACCGUUCUACCCUGAAACAGAGGCUGCCACCUGGGAUCCUCUGGGAAAGAUGGAUACUCCCAAUGUAAAUGGCCAAGUUCAGCCUUCUGAGCAGACAGAGAGCAGAAGUCCAGCUUCACCCGAGAGUGACAGAGAUUCAUGGGACCCCUCCAGGGGAGCCCCAUCACCCUACCCUGAAAAGGAACCCCACCAGCCCUACCCAGCUGGAGGGGCAGAGCCACCAGAAUCGGAUGUUCCCCUAGCUCGCCCUGGAGAAGUUGUUCGCCAGCAUUCCCCUUUACCAGCUCACAGCACACCCCGGAGUGGCGGGCGGCGGGUGGUCGACGUGGACGACAGCAUCAGUUCCGACACCAAGGUCUUCAGGUACAAUGGUGCCAAGGAGACCUGCGAGCAGAACCACAGGCAGUGCUCGCAGCAUGCCUUCUGCACCGACUACACCACCGGCUUCUGUUGCCACUGCCAGUCCAGGUUUUACGGAAAUGGGAAGCAGUGUCUGCCAGAAGGGGCGCCUCAUCGAGUCAAUGGGAAAGUGAGUGGCCACCUCCAUGUGGGCCACACACCUGUGCACUUCACCGAUGUGGACCUGCACGCUUACAUCGUGGACAAUGACGGCAGAGCCUACACAGCCAUCAGCGACAUCCCAGAGCCCGCGGCCCAGGCCCUCUUGCCCCUCACCUCCAUUGGAGGCCUGUUUGGCUGGCUCUUUGCCUUAGAAAAACCAGGCUCAGAGAACGGCUUCCGCACCGCCGGGGCUGCCUUUACUCAUAACCUGGAAGUCACCUUCUCCCCCGGAGAGGAGUGGGUACAUAUCACUCAGAGUGCCGAGGGGCUGGACCCAGAGAACUAUCUGAUUGUGAAGACCACCAUCCAGGGCCAGGUGCCUCCCAUCCCUGCCAAUUUCACAGUCCACAUGGCUCCCUACAAGGAGCUCUACCACUACUCCGACUCAGUUGUGACCUCCACAAGUUCCCGAGACUACUCUCUCAUAUUUGGCGCCACUAACCAAGUAUCGUCGUACCGCAUCGUGCAGAACAUCACGUACCAGGCCUGCAGGCACGCUCCCCGACACCAGGCCAUCCCGGCCACCCAGCAGCUGACUGUGGACCGGGUCUUUGCCUUGUACAGUGCUGAAGAGAGAGUGCUCCGGUUCGCUGUGACCAAUCAAGUCGGCCCUGUUGAAGAGGAUUCUGACCCUCCUCCAGUGAAUCCUUGCUAUGAUGGCAGCCACACAUGUGACACAGCAGCACAGUGUCAUCCAGGGACAACUGUAGACUACACCUGUGAGUGUGCACCUGGGUACCAGGGAGAUGGCCGAAGCUGUGUGGAUGUAAAUGAAUGUGCAACUGGCUUCCAUCGCUGUGGCCCCAACUCCAUGUGUAUCAACUUGAGGGGAAGCUACAAGUGUGAAUGCCGGAGCGGAUAUAAGAUUGCUGACGAUCAGCACACCUGCAUCUUGAUGGGCCCACCUCCCAACCCGUGUGAGGAUGGCAGGCACACCUGUGCUCCCGCUGGGCAGGCCCGGUGCAUUCACCACGGAGGCGACACGUUCACCUGUGCCUGUCUGCCGGGGUACACGGGCUCCGGGCACCACUGUGCUGAUGUUAAUGAAUGCUUGGAAAACAGAUGUCACCCGUCAGCUACCUGCUACAACACCCCCGGUUCCUUUUCCUGCCAUUGCCAGCCUGGAUACCGUGGGGAUGGAAUUCAGUGUACGCCUGAGCCCAUCGCAGGACUGAAACCCUGUCACCACCAGCAGCGCUAUGCCCAGGCACAGCCUGCCUAUCCUGGAUCCCCACACCACAUCCCCCAGUGUGAUGAUCAGGGCAAUUUCCUGCCGCUGCAGUGUCAUGGCAGCACAGGCUUCUGCUGGUGUGUGGACCCACGCGGCCAUGAAGUCCCUGGUACCCGGACCGCCCCUGGUUCCACUCCACCUCACUGUGGAGCCCCAGAGCCCACCCAGAGACCUCAGACUGUCUGUGAGCGCUGGAGGGAAAGCCUGCUGCAGCACUACGGUGGCACCGCCCGCGACGACCAGUAUGUGCCCCAGUGUGACGACCUGGGCCAGUUCGUCCCCUUGCAGUGCCAUGGGAAGAGUGACUUCUGCUGGUGUGUGGAUAAAGAUGGCAGAGAGGUGGAGGGUACCCGCUCCCAGCCAGGAAGCACGCCUGCGUGUAUACCUACGGUUGCUCCACCCACGGUCCGGCCGGCCCCCCGCCCUGACGUGACCCCUCCCUCCGUGGGCACCUUCCUGCUCUAUGCCCAGGGCCAGCAGAUUGGCCACUUGCCUCUUAAUGGCACCAGGCUCCAGAAGGAUGCAGCCAAGACCCUGCUGUCACUACAUGGCUCCAUAGUCGUAGGACUUGACUACGACUGCCAGGAGAGGAUGGUGUACUGGACAGACGUUGCUGGACGAACAAUCAGCCGUGCGAGUCUGGCACUAGGAGCUGAGCCGGAGAUCAUCAUUAACACAGGUCUGAUAAGCCCUGAAGGGCUCACCGUCGAUCACUUCCACAGAACUAUGUACUGGACGGACAGUGGCCUGGACAAGAUAGAGCGUGCCACACUGGAUGGCUCUCAGCGCAGGGUCCUCUUCCACACCGAGCUGGUGAACCCCCGAGCCAUCGCUGUGGAUCCCAUCAGAGGCAACUUGUACUGGACAGACUGGAAUCGAGAAGCUCCUAAAAUUGAAACUUCAUCUUUAAGUGGAGAAAACAGAAGGAUUUUGGUGAACAGAGACAUUGGGCUACCCAAUGGUUUAACCUUUGACCCCUUCUCCAAACUGCUUUGCUGGGCGGAUGCAGGAACCAAAAAGCUGGAGUGUACCCUACCUGAUGGAACUGGUCGACGUGUCAUUCAAAACAACCUCAACUACCCUUUCAGCAUUGUUAGCUAUGCAGAUCACUUCUACCACACGGACUGGAGGAGGGAUGGUAUUAUAUCAGUAAAGAAAGACAGCGGCCAGUUUACGGACGAGUAUCUCCCAGAGCAGAGAUCGCAUCUCUAUGGGAUAACUGCAGUUUACCCCUACUGCCCAACAGGAAGAAAGUAAAUGUGCAUUCUGAAGGAGGACCUGAAGUUUACAAUCAGAAUCUUGACCCUAAGAGGAAUUGGCCAUUAAUUGUGAGAUGAAUAUUUUUUUAGUGCAAAAAUACUAAGUGUUAUUUUGUGAAAAGUUUAUACCUCAAUUUUUACUACUGUAUUUUUAAAAGCAAACAUUGCUCUUGCAAGUAAAAAAAGAGAAUUUUAAUUGUUGCUUAUUAAAGCAAGUUUCAUAAACAUUUAUAAUGUAUUUAAAGGCCAAAUGAUUCAAUUAAGAACCAACUAGGGUACAUUAAACCUUUAAAUGUGACUUCUGCUAUGGCUUUUCUCUGACCAAUAGCUUUAAGCACAUGCAUGCAAUCAGUAUAACGUUACAGAUUUUAAAGAUCACAAGUCUUCAUGUGGCUAGAGGGGAAAGAACCCAUCUAUUUAUAUAAUUUCCCAACAAAGAGUUUUAGUGUCUGUUUUUACCUCUGCAUCAAUGCAUUUCUAUUUAUAUUAAAAGGUGCUAGAAUGAUUCAAUUUGUAUUUUCUGAUCCUGUGCCUCUACUACAUUUAUAAAUACCAAAGAUGUACCAGUUCUCGAAUUUUCUAGAUCACUCCAAUAAAAUGCUUUAAAGUGA